AUGAAUAAAGUUCUUGAGAAUAUGCUCGGAAAGUCUAUUGAACAGAGGUUUGAGGAGAUAGAGGUUGAAGAGUUAAGGGCAAAACGCCAAGCUGAAAUUGAUGCCGAAAUGAAGUAUAAAGGAAAAGGUGUUGAAGGUUCUGAAGUUGCAGAAAGAUCAAUAGUUCUAGCUACUGAUCCUGAGUCUCCUAUUCAGAAUCCUGUUGCUGUGUCAGCUAUCUUUGAAGAAGAUGUGUUACUUGAAGAUAUUGCUAAUGAUGAAGUAGAUGACGAUGAGGAUGAUGACGAAGAGGAUGACGAUGAAGGGGAUGAUGAUAAAGAGGAUGAUGAUGAAGAAAAAGUAUUCUCUGCUAGCAGUCACAGUGAUGACGAUGAUCAUGAUGAUGAUGCUGAAAGUGAGGGGGAGCAAGUGGAUGACAAGAAUGUCGAUGAAGUUGAGAAGUUAAUUCUUUGUAUUGAGCCUGAUGUAGAAGAAGGAGAAAUUAGGCAUACGUAUACUUUGGAUGAAGUCCUCAAGAUGUUUAAUGUUAAUGAAGAUGAGUUUAAGUUUGAUUUUGAAGAUGAGCUGAAUGCUUUCGAUAUCAACCAACAACCUGAGUAUGAAUACAACAAACGAUCCUACAAGUAUGUUGAAGAGGCAGACGUUUAUGACAGGGUUGAGGUUGAGGAUUGUACAGAUGAAGAUAGUGUGAAUGAAGAUACUUUAGAAUUUCCAACUCUGGUUGAAUUCUUUAGUGAAGAGAAUAAAGAUGAACUAAGAAGGAAAGUUGCUGAAAUCUUGAAAGAUAAGAACUUUGACGGAGCGACAAAAGAUCCACAGAAAGAAGAAAGAAAGAACUGGUUCCAUAAAGAUACUGAAAGGAAGUUCAAGCGUCCGUUGAAGUUUUACAAAAGAGAUAGAGAUGUUUCGCUGGGUGAUAUCAUUAGUUGGGGUUUUCUACCUCAUGUUAAUGCAUACGCGAUCAGAAGAGAAUACGGUGUGCAGUAUUUUAAACGUCUACAUGAUAUUAUGUCCCUACCUUGGUGGGAUGUAGAAGAGUUGUCUAAGGUGAGAACUUUGGGUUAUAAGAUCAGAAAGAACGAUGUGCCUAUGUGGGGAUUGAUCAAGUAUGAAUCGCUGAAAAACUUCAAACACUGGAAGCCACAUUACCCAAAGAAGUUGAGAAGGGUUAAUCCUGAAACUGGUAAUGAAGAGACGAUACUGCAUGUGAAAAAGCCAAGAGCGAUCAAAAACAUCCCUGUGACGAGAAUGGAACAAGAUUUCUACAAAGGUUUUGUAUGUUGGGUGUACAGCUGUAUUUCAACUGAAGCUGUGAUCACGUAUAGGGCAGAGAAUGAGAUCAGAGAAAUCUUUGUGUAUGAUCCGUUGUGGCUGAUGAAUUGUUCUGCGAAAGACAUCAAAUGUUUGUUUGUGAACAAGAUAUGGUUUAAAGCUGAAGAUAGGGAACAAGCUAUGCAGUUUCAGAGAGUUGUGUCUGUUUGUUUUCAAAAGGGCAUCAAUGCUGACAACAAAUGGAAUUCAAAGUGGCAAGAGAUUGAAGAGGAAGAGAAGUUAAAGAGAGAGAAAGAACGGAAGGCACAAGAAGAUAAAGACAAUAUGCUGAGACAUACUCUAAACCAGAGAAUGACAGCUAAAGAAAAGGAAGUAGUGGAAGCAAAUGAGAAGCUUAGGAAGAUGUUGGCACGAAAGCCUAAGCAGAGAGAAGAAACUUUCAAGUCGCUGUGA